AUGGAGCCCACCGGAUACAACCUACGGUGUCCACGUGGUAGGUUCACGGCGCGAGCUUCACAGCCUUGGCAGACCCAGCUGCCACCACGUGGCACUCGUCGGUGUGGUCAGGGUCCCACUGCCACUGCAGUCACGCGGGCCCACCAUGGAGAUUUUGGUUUGGAUGAGGUUGUCGGUAAUCUCUAA